AUGCACAAACGGACACCAUUCACCUCCAAGGAUGCCGAGGAAGAAGAAGACGAUAACAUUGUCCUUGACGAACAGCAACAGGAAGAGAUAAUCGCAACACUAAAGCGUGAAGCAGAUCAUCACCAACAAGUGUACGAAAAUGUUUUUUACAAGGUUUCAUUUAUGGCUUCUGGAUUGUACCUCCUAGCUUCACUACUACCGCUCCCCUUGAACCCGCUUCCUCAAUAUCGAUUAGCCUAUCUCCUUUCCGCAGCAAUUUGCCUUACAACCCCGUUCCUGUCGUUCCGUCAUCCUGUCACGGAACCACUAGCAUACUCCGCGGUCAAAUAUGUUCCAUUUGUGGUGGCCCUCAUACCGCCAUUCUUGAUGUAUUUAGGGGAUGGGUGGACGGGAGUCGGUGUCGGGUGUUUGCCAUUGGUCUUGGUGCUGGGACAGUGGUAUGCGAUUAGGGCGAUGGGGGAGGUGAGGGAGGGUGUGGAAGGCUUGGAGGGAUUCAAGUAUAAAUACAAGGGCGCUUAA